AUGGUUGCCUUUACUUCCCUUCUCGCUGGCUUCGCCGCCAUUGCCGGAGUCCUGUCUGCUCCCACUGAAUCCUCCGUUGAGGUGGAAAAGCGUCAGUCUAUUGGACCUGGCACUGGCUAUAACAAUGGUUACUACUACUCUUACUGGAACGAUGGCCAUGCUGGCGUGACAUACACCAACGGUGGUGGCGGUUCAUUCACCGUCAACUGGUCCAACUCUGGCAACUUUGUCGGAGGCAAGGGAUGGCAGCCGGGUACCAAGAACAAGGUUAUCAACUUCUCCGGUAGCUACAACCCCAACGGAAACAGCUACCUGUCCAUCUACGGCUGGUCUCGCAACCCUCUCAUCGAGUACUACAUCGUCGAGAGCUUUGGAACCUACAACCCAUCCACCGGUGCCACCAAGCUGGGUGAGGUUACAUCCGAUGGCAGUGUCUAUGACAUCUACCGAACUCAGCGUGUUAACCAGCCCUCCAUCAUCGGAACCGCCACCUUUUACCAGUACUGGUCGGUCCGCCGCACCCACCGUUCCAGCGGCUCGGUCAACACGGCCAACCACUUCAACGCUUGGGCUUCUCACGGUCUCACUCUCGGCACCAUGGACUACCAGAUUGUUGCUGUGGAGGGAUACUUUAGCUCUGGCUCUGCUUCCAUCACUGUCAGCUAA